UGUUGAGUGCCUUCCACAUGAGUCGCAAGGCCUUGAAUUUGACAUGGUGUCCAAAGGGGAGCCAGCCUGGAGAGUGGAGAUCAGAUCUGAUGUGUUCACGAUACCUUGUGUUGCCACAUUCUACACGAAGUGGAGUUUCCUGAGGGCUUGUGGUUGCAUUCCAAAGGAGGCUGCUGAGAGUUCUGUGCUAGCGCUGGACCUUCCAAAGAAGAACAUUUUGCCUUCUUCCUUUGUGUUGGAGAAAUAAGAAAAGAGUAAAUGGACUUGCAAUAACUCCCAAGAGCACAGGCACGUUUUCAGACCAGAGUCCUGCUGCCUUUCUGACACUUGCUUCAGGGCCAAAGGGGUGAAAUAGGAACUUGAAACAACAGGAAUACCUCUGGGUGGGGCUGGAAGGACUUUUACCAGCCAGAGCCCAGGCUGAAGCUGGGUGGUGGGGAUCUCUGUUUCCCAAGAACUGUGUUUUCUGGACCAGGGGCUCGAUCUGAUUAUGAGUGACCAGCGGGGCCAUGUGAACAGCCUCUUCCUGAAUGAGGGGUCAGCCAAGCGUCUCAGGUCCAACAGCAGGGUGCAGCGCUUCCAACAAGCAGUGCAGGAGCGGGCAGCACGGGCCAAGAAGCGGAUGCACAGCAUCACCAAAGACAGUGCCAAGGGUUUCCUCAGGAGAAAUGCCUUUGUCCUCUUCACCAUCACUGCUGUCCUACUGGGGAUCAUUUUGGCCUUUGCCCUCCGACCCUACAAGAUGACCUAUCGCCAGAUCAAGUAUUUCUCCUUCCCAGGAGAGCUGCUGAUGCGGAUGCUCCAGAUGCUGGUUCUUCCCCUCAUUGUCUCCAGCCUGGUCACAGGCAUGGCCUCACUGGAUGGCAAAGCCUCUGGGAAGAUGGGGCUGCGGGCUGUAGUCUACUACAUGAUGACCACCAUCAUAGCGGUCUUCAUCGGCAUCCUCAUGGUGAUCAUCAUCCAUCCAGGCAAAGGGUCCAAGGACAAACUGCACCGGGAGGGCAAGAUUGAGCAGGUGCAAACAACUGAUGCCUUCAUGGACCUGGUCAGGAACAUGUUCCCACCGAACCUAGUAGAAGCCUGCUUCAAACAGUACAAGACGCAGUACAGCACCAGGAUCUUCACCAGAACCAUCCUCCACAGCAGCAAUGUCACAGCAGGGAGCACUGCCAACUCACAGGCUUCCAUGCCCGAGAAUGUCACCGGCACCCUGGAGAACGUCACACGCACCCUUAGGAGCCUGCAGGAAGUGCUGAGCUUUGAGGAAACCAUCCCCAUCCCCGGCUCAGCCAAUGGAGUGAAUGCGCUGGGCCUGGUGGUGUUCUCCGUGUGUUUUGGCCUGGUGAUUGGCAGCAUGAAGCAGAAGGGACGGGCCCUGCAGGAGUUCUUCAGCUGCCUCAACGAAGCCAUCAUGAGGCUGGUGGCCAUUAUCAUCUGGUAUGCCCCAGUCGGGAUCCUAUUCUUAAUCGCUGGCAAGAUUCUGGAGAUGGACGACUUAGCAGUGAUGGGGGGCCAGCUGGGAAUGUACACGCUCACCGUCAUUGUGGGGCUGCUCAUACACUCCCUGUGUGUCCUGCCACUGCUGUACUUCAUCGUCACCCACAAGAACCCAUGGGUGUUCAUCGCAGGUCUUCUGCAGGCCCUCAUCACAGCGCUGGGCACCUCCUCAAGCUCGGCCACGCUCCCCAUUACAUUCAGGUGCUUGGAAGAAAACAACGGGGUGGACAGACGCGUCACCAGGUUCGUUCUACCCGUAGGCGCGACUAUUAACAUGGAUGGCACAGCUCUGUACGAGGCUCUGGCAGCCAUCUUCAUCGCACAAGUCAACAACUUCGAGCUUGACUUCGGGCAAAUCAUCACAAUCAGCAUCACUGCCACUGCAGCCAGCAUUGGAGCGGCAGGCAUCCCCCAGGCAGGCCUGGUGACCAUGAUGAUUGUGCUGACAUCGGUGGGGCUGCCAACCGAGGACAUCACACUAAUCAUUGCGGUGGACUGGUUUCUGGACCGUCUGAGAACCACCACCAAUGUGCUAGGGGACUCCCUGGGAGCCGGGAUUGUGGAGCACCUGUCUCGGCAUGAGCUGGAUGCACAGGACAGUGAGCUUGGGAAUUCUGUGAUUGAGGAGAAUGAGAAGCCCUACCACCUGAUCUACCAGGCGAACACCCACAAGCACCGCAGCAGCGAGACAAUCAUGUGACGCCAGGGAGCAGGGUUCAGACUGAGCCUUUAAAAAGCUCAGGACUGGAAGACAAACCUCUCAGCAGCGGGGAAUGGAGAAAGAGCCAAGCAGAAGCAAACUCUCCUCCCCGCCAUUUCCCCACGCAGCCUCUUUUAAACCUAAGCUACAGAGAAAACAAAGACUUAACCCUUUCCUCACCUAGAGAGUUGGAUGUUCAUUGUGACCCUCCUAUUAGAGAAGCAGGACUGAGAGAUCCUGGCUUUGUGGCCCCACCCUGGACUAGACUAGGAAUGGGAGGAUAAUAGUAUUUAGAUUAGUAACUUUCUCCUCUGCAAGUUGAGACAGAAAGCUGGAGCAGCCUCUGUCUCCCAUUUCUAGACAUUGUCUGAGGCACCAUGUGUUUCAUUAGCAUCUUUCUUCACAUUUUUAUCUGCCUUUCUUUGCACGCUUGGCAUGUGAAGGGUUAAGAACCAAGACAAUAGGCAGCAACUGGCUCCCAGAAUUGGUUGGUAUUUUGCAGUAACCAACUAGGAUCUGGUUGCUUCCAUGGUACGUCCCUAUCACUAUACAGCAGCAUUUUUCUUAUGAAGUCCUGGCUUUCUAGUUUCUAGUGUGAUCCAGGAAUCGGACCUGAGUAUGUUACAAUCAAAGGUAGAGCUGUCUAGCAACUCCCCUGGUUCUCAGCUAAAGCACUACCUAACCAAUAACUGGAGCUAGAUUAAUGAUUUAAUUGUCACUGUGGCUGCAUAGAAGCAUUGUCACAAAAUUCUUAAUGGCUUGUCCUCUUGCAGAGAUGCAGAGUCAAACAGCUGGUCAGGCUCCACGGGUCUGAGGAUCACCACUGGGAACCCAGUUUAUGUUAGCAAGGGAUACACAAGGAAUCAGUGAGGAGCCCCCAGAAGAACUCCCCAACUUCUCAAGUGGCAAUUUUAUUUAUAUCAGAAUAGUAGCAGUGACAUCACAGCAGCUUGGGGUUCCUGAGGGCCUGUCUCAUGCAGUAUCCUGGCUACUUUGUUACAGGCAGCUCUCGGGGCUGCAUGGCUUUCACGGGGCUGGGAGACUGUGGACAGUAUGGACAUUCUGACUUUUCUUUUACUCUUAAGUUCAGGGCCGCCUGGGGGGGGGGCAAGUGGGGCAAUUUGCCUCGGGACCUGCAGGGGCCCCCACGA